UCUGGCGCACUGAAGCAGCUAUGAGCUCCCCGUCGACUGCAGCGCUGCUGGAAGCGGUCAACUUCGCUGCGGAGAAACAUCGAAAUCAGCGCCGGAAAGAUCCCGAGGCCACACCGUACAUCAACCACCCGAUAGGGGUGGCGAGGAUUUUAAGUCACGAGGGCGGAAUCACAGAUCUUGAAGUUUUACAAGCUGCAUUGCUUCACGACACGGUGGAGGACACCGACACGACCCUCGAGGAGCUGGAGUCUGUGUUCGGACCGACCGUGGCCAGAAUCGUGCAGGAGGUGACGGACGACAGGUCUUUACCGAAAGAGGAGAGGAAACGGCUGCAAGUGGAGCACGCGCCGCACCGCAGCCACCAGGCCAAGCUGGUGAAGCUAGCCGAUAAGCUGUAUAAUCUGCGGGACUUGAACCGGUGCACUCCCACGGGCUGGACGGCAGAGAGGGUGAGGGAGUACUUCGUGUGGGCGUCUCUGGUGGUAAAAGGCCUGCGGGGCACCAGUGCAGCGCUCGAGGAGAAACUGCAGCAGCUCUUUCUGGAGAGAGGAGUGGAGUUAUGAUCAUUUCAUAAGCCGUUGUUUGAAAUGAUGGUGCUUUCUUUGGUAACUGGUCAUCACGGGAAGUUCUUUCAUCUCCCUGUAGAUGCUGUAAACCCCUUUGGACUUUCUUUCCAACAUUUCCUUUUGUGUUCCAGUUAAUAAAUUAAAAUGAAUAAAUAAAAAGAGGUGAAUGACAAUUUAAUUUUUGUUUUUACCGUCCGCUUUAUUAUUAUUUUUUUAAUGAAAUAUUAUUUAAUGGCACGAAGUGUAUAAGUCUUGCACUGAUGGGAAAUUAAAGUUUUGUUGAAUGUGA